GAUAAGAAAAUUGUAAAACAAAAUAAAAUCACAGCAAUCAUCGUAGCUGAUAGAAAAUGCCUCAUAAAUGGUAUUUGCUCUCACUAACUGGUUCCCUUACGAGAUGCAAUACUUAUAUGAGGAAAUAUACAAAUCAUUCGGAUCGUGGUGGCGUACUCAUUGGUAAUGCCAAGAGGAUUGAUAGUAUAACAAAGUCAAAAACUUCUUCUGUCGUUAGUAUAAAGAAAAAACGAAAGACUAGAACCGAGAAAAUUUCAAUUUCUAAUGGCAAGAGGCAAAAUAAUUUAAAUGAAAACUGUUAUACAAAUUCCAAGAGCAUUGUAAAAGAUAUACCUCAAAUGAGGGAAUUCUUUGAAGAAGUGCGUAAACGUGAACUUGUAAGAUAUUAUCAACAAAUGGUGCGCAAACAAAGAUUAGAGGCUAAACCAAAUCCAACUCAGGAGAGUGAAAAUGUUUAUUGCACAGGACCAACAAGGAUUAGUAGUUAUCCAUAACUUGAAUCUUC